UGUUCUUAAAGGUCACGUGUGAGUUUCGGGCAUAUUGUAAGAAUAAGAAAUCUUUCCCUUCCUCUCCCCCUGUGUGUGUGUAUUUAUAUGCUAAUUGCUAGCUAUGCCUGCCAAUUUAUAAUUCCCAACGAAGCUAUGGGGUUUUCCAAUGUAUACUACCUUCAACUUGUUAUUGUUUCAUCAUUAUUUCUUCUUUUCACAUUCUUUCCGGAAGCUGUCCAUGGUAGCAAAAAGUGUUACAUUGUAUACAUGGGAGCACAUUCUCAUGGCUCAAGCCCAACCUCUUUUGAAAUGGAAGCCGCCACGUCUUCGCACUAUGAUUUACUAACUUCAGCUGUGGGAAGCUAUGAGAAAGCGAAAGAAGGCAUGAUAUACUCAUACAAUAAGCACAUCAAUGGUUUUGCCGCUAUGCUCGAAGAGAAAGAAGCAGCAAUGUUAUCAAAGAAGGCGAAUGUGGUGUCGGUGUUUUUAAGCAAAGAACAUAGACUGCACACAACACGGUCGUGGGAGUUUCUGGGACUGCAGAGAAAUGGUAGGAGCACAGCAUGGCAAAAGGGAAGAUUUGGUGAAAAUACAAUCAUUGCUAACAUUGACACAGGGGUUUGGCCGGAAUCCAGAAGCUUCAACGACAGGGGAUAUGGCCCUGUCCCAUCGAAAUGGCGCGGGGGUAAUGUCUGUCAAUUAGACAAAAUCCCCGGUUACGACAGUGGAAGUCCAUGCAACCGGAAGCUAAUUGGAGCAAGAUACUUCAGCAGUGCCUUUGAGGCCAGCAAUGGAAACUUUAGCAGUCCAAAGCUGCGUACAGCACGUGACUUCGAGGGGCAUGGCACUCACACUUUAUCCACAGCUGGUGGCAAUUUUGUACCCGGAGCCCAUGUAUUUGCAGUUGGCAACGGCACCGCAAAAGGCGGCUCUCCAAGAGCAAGGGUUGCAGCCUACAAAGUUUGCUGGUCGCCAACUCAACCAGCUAGUUGCCAUGAAGCUGAUGUCUUGACUGCCAUAGAUCAAGCCAUAAGCGAUGGCGUUGAUAUCAUUUCGCUCUCAGCAGGUGGCCGCCCAACUGUAACCGCACAAGAUAUAUUCACCGAUGCCGUCUCUAUUGGCUCCUUCCAUGCAGUUGCUAACAAUAUCUUAUUUGUUGCCUCUGCGGGUAAUGAUGGACCAACACCUGCAUCUGUUGUUAAUGGAGCUCCAUGGAUAUUCACCGUUGGCGCUAGCACCAUUGAUAGAGAUUUCAGCAGUACCAUUACUUUUGGUAACGGUCAACAAAUCACGGGAGGCAGUCUUUCUGUAACAUUGCCACCUAAUCAGGCCUUUCCUCUAAUUCAAGCUUCUGAUGCCAAAUUUGCCAAUGCAUCAAUCCAAGAUGCUGAGUUAUGUAGGCGAGGAACACUUGACCCUGCAAAAGUCAAGGGAAAAAUAGUGAACUGCAUUAGAGAGGGAAAAAUAAGAUCAGUGACGGAGGGUCUGGAAGCUUAUUUGGCGGGUGCAACGGCAAUGCUUCUGCAAAAUCAACAGAUACAUGGCAACACAAUCACCGAUGAAGCUCAAAUGUUGUCUACUGUGGACACGGCAGGGAAACAUAAUGACGAUGAACCUUCUGCACCCGACCAGGAUCCUAUUUAUGACGAUAUAACUGCCUCAGCUCCUGCAAGAAGAUCGUUUAUGACAGCAAGUCUUUCGCCAGCAAAAACAGUGAUUGGAAGGAAGCGAGCUCCAGUUAUGGCUUCCUACUCAUCAAGAGGACCCAAUAAGAUUCAGCCAUCCAUACUCAAGCCUGAUAUAAUUGCACCUGGAGUGAACAUACUUGCUGCCUAUUCAAAAUUUGCAAGUCUCUCUGGCCUCCUAGAAGAUCCUCGUCGUGGGUUAUUUGACUUCAAUGUGCUUCAAGGAACUUCUAUGUCUUGUCCUCAUGUUUCUGGUAUCGCUGGACUUAUCAAAACUCUUCAUCCAACUUGGAGUCCCGCAGCUAUUAAAUCAGCAAUCAUGACUACAGCAAGCACACGGGACGACACAAACAAGCCAAUUCAAGAUGCAUUUGAUUUUGAUUUAGCAGGUCCUUUUGACUAUGGGUCAGGGCAUGUUCAACCAACCCUUGCAAUUGACCCAGGACUCGUUUAUGAUCUACAUCUUAACGAUUACCUCAACUUCUUGUGUGCCUCUGGAUACAACCAACAAGGCAUUUCUGCGCUUAAUUUCAACAGAACUUUCGUUUGCAAAGGAACUCACAGCAUAAAUGACUUGAACUACCCUUCAAUCACACUGCCAAAUUUAAGGUUGGAUCCGGUAACAGUUACUCGUACACUCACUAAUGUGGGACCACCAGGCACAUACAACGUAACUGCCAGAUUGAACGGAUGCAAAAUUACCGUUGUGCCCAACUCUCUAACUUUCACAAAACUGUAUGAAAAGAAGACAUUUCGAGUAACAAUCCAGGCAUCAAGUGUUAUUGAGCGGUAUAAAUAUCAAUUUGGAGAGUUACUGUGGACAGAUGGAAAGCACAAAGUUAGGAGUCCCGUUGUAGUUCAACGCCGCAAGUGAAAAAUAAUGUUAUUCUGAAUUGGGUGUGUGCACGUAAUGCUACCUACUACCAACCUAGCUAGCUACAGCCUAGUAGUGUAUGUAUGUGAUAUAAUAUUGUGUGUGCUUUUUGCAAUAAUAUGGCUACCCUCCAUGCGUGGGAGCGUAACAUUCUGUAAUGUCAUCUUUGAAUCUUAUAAUAUCUAAAUGCUUAAUAAGUUAUUGUUUUCACCAA